AUGUCUACAGCUAGAAAUAGGGUUCCAAGGAACGGUUCUCGAGGGGCUGUUCCUGAUGCACUGAACCCAAAUGAAUUAUGGCAAGAAAUUGUAGGGUACUUACGAGAUAUUGACAAGGGUGAAAAUAGAGCCGCCACAAACAGAAAUUUAAUAAUGGAAGGUGAAGAGAGGUUAGCGACUAAGAAAGAGGCUGGUAAAACCAUUUCGGUCACUGAAACAGACACACACAGCGCUCUAUUUCGUGAGGGAGUAAGGCUCUCAGAGCAGCAACUUGUGAGAUUACAGGAUACCUCCUUCAUCACUAAACUUGAACUCCUCAGGGAUAUCCGGAUGAGCAAUGAGCUUGAAGCAGCAGCUGAAGCGACAUCUACGUUGCGUGGAAAUGGCACUAGAGCAUCCCACUUAGAAACGGAUGGGCCGGCUGAGUCCCCAGGGCCGUCGCAAGCCGAAGCGAGACAAAUUCGCAAACUUGUAGCUUCAAGGACAAGCAGCCAACCUCCCAAAGGUUUCGAUGAUGGAAAAAGCGCCACACCAGAAUCUAGCGAGCGUGCAACCAGAACAAAGGUUGUUUAUGCCGUGGGCGAUAAGGUAGCAUUCAGAAGAAAGCAACAAAUAAAACACCCCGACGGAAAAGUUACUGAAGAGUUGGAAUGGAUUCAAGGGAAAGUAAACAAAGUAAUAGGAGAGGGUAAAAGUCGGCGAUAUGAGGUUAAAGAUCCGUAUUACACGCCCGAGUCAAACGACGGCCCAGAGUUCUACAAGUCUUCUGCUUCUCAAAUGGUACCAAUACCUGUGGAAGGUUCUACACUAGAAGACUAUGAAAUUGGUAAAAGAGUACUCGCUCUCUAUCCUGACACUUCACAAUUUUACCGUGCAGAGGUCAAGGGUACACUCAACGGAGGAACUCAGGUUCAACUCUUGUUCGAAGAUGAGUUAGAGGGCGUGCUAAAAACUGUUUCACGUCGAUUCACAUUGGAUCACAAAGGCUGA